AGAGCACAGUAAAUAAAUACUAAUGGAAAAGGUGUUGAUAAGCCCCCUAAAAUUAGACAGAUGUUGAAUGGCUAAAUUGAAACAAAUUUUAAUUUUGAGACAAAAAUGAAAUAUGACAAAAGUUUUCUUUCGAAACGACCCCUCUUUAAUGUUCAAUUGAGCUGAUUUAUUGAUGCAUGCUAAGAAGAAAUUGAACUGAUUUUACCCUCUUCAUACAAUUAGUUUUCGGAAACGCUAAUCGACUCGAGGCCUUUCUAUGUCAAGCAAAAUGCGUAGAAAACGUGAACGAGGAGAUAGCUAUUUCGAUUGGUUAUCCGAUGAUGAAGUUCUGUAUAUCAUCAACAAGCUCCCGAAUCUUGAAACCCUCAUUCGAUUAUCUGCAGUCUGCAACCGGUUUUCAUCUCUAGUGUCGAAAAUUGAUUCAAUUACUAUUGCUAGAGUCGAUCUCUCGGCCUCUCCACCUCGUUCAAAACACGGUGCUCCUUUGAAAUUCUUUACGGAUCUAGUCUUUGGCGAGCCGGUUGCCAAUAGAGGUUUUGCUUUUAAAACAAUUUGUAAGAAAUUUCAAGAAAUCAAACAUCUUCGAGUCGAGAUUGAUUCGUCAAAAGAGUGUAAAGCAGCUUGUUUCGGAUCUCAUUCAGAUGUUUUAAUGUAUCUACAUGCUGUAUCUGUCAAACAAUCUGAUUCGUUUAGUUCUGAUGUCAAAUUUGUCGAUCAAACUAUGGACAUAUUCCGUCUAGAGUCCAGCGAUUCUUUCACCACAUAUUUGAAAUGUGUGCUGCGUCUUUCGGCUGGAUGGCAUGACGUCGUGGUUCAGAAUCUAAUUCAGGAAUUUCCUAAUCUCCGCACCUUUGUUCUUUUCGACUCACUUAAUGUGAUUUUUGUACUUGGAGAAGAGCAGCUUGCAAGAUUGAGGAAUAAUUCUAAUAAUCUCAAAGACAACACAACAAAUGCAGCAAAUGUUCGAGCGAUUUAUGUUCCGAUUUGGGAGUUGAAAUCUUGUGGGGUGAUAAUGGAAAAUGUGAUUCUUACUGUCUUUACAAACGAGAAGAUUGAACUCAACAGUGAGUUGAAACUCGUCGAUGGAGUGGGUAAUCCUGAUAAUGACUGGAGAUUUUCUAGGGAAGCUAUUGGGGAGAUUGUUGAUAAAAUCAAGAAGAAUGGACUUACCGUGAAGAAAAUUCUUUAUGUUUCGGAUUUUAUAAAUUGCUAGAUCUUACUAAGUAGUCUUAAAGGUAUAUUUUGUUUGCAAUUUAGUCCUAGACUUGUUCUUAGUGCGCUGAUUUUCUUAUUAGCUUCUUAAUGAAUGUUUGUUGAUUUCU